AUGGACUUGGGAACUGAAGGCUCGGACCCCCUCAGCUCCUCCGAGCGACACCCCACUGACCAGCCGCCCUGCCAACAGAACUCGUUCACAGAAGGCGGCUCACAUGUGGAGGAGAAACCACUGGAAGGCAAAGAGGAGACAUUAUCGUCCCCGCUGAGAGAGAGUCGCACCCAAAGGCGAGGGUCUGACGCCAAGACGGAUGAGGAGGAUUCCAAGGAAAGCGAGCUCAGAAGAGACAGCUGCAUUUCCGGAUCAGAAUCCGAAGGCUGCUCCAGUUGGGAGGGCUCCGGGAAGAGGAAAAUCCCUUCCAGCGACGGCACCAGCCCUGCAGCAGGGGCCUCUCCGGCAGACGAGCGCGGUGUGACUCCGGGAAAGAAGACACGGAGGACGCCGGGCUCGAGCCAAGGCAGCGACGGCGAGGAGCCCGCGGAUGCCCAGCGCAGGAGGCGCGGGGCGCGGGGCGCCGGGCGCGGCCGGCGGAGCAGGUGCAGGUCCCCAGGAGGCCGGCCGCCCCCACUGCGGAAGAGGCUGGUGACCGCCGUGCGCGCCCUGUCCGAGGCCGUCUAUGAGGACGUGGCUGCGGUGUGGGAGCAGCAGGGCCAUUGCCCGCUGACCUGGGAGCGGCGCUCGCGGCUCGGGCAGCUCUGGGAGCCUCUGUGCGCGGCCUUGCAGACCGUCUACACCAUGGCCAACCAGGCGGCCUACGUCUUCCCUGCCAAGAGCUGGCUCGUCCCCGCCCCGCCGCCGGCCCCCCGGCCUCCAGCUGGGGAUGGAGGAGAAGCCCGGGGCUCCCCCAGGGAGGGACACGGGGCCCCCCCUCCCGGGGUCGGGAGCUAG